UCCGCGGCGCGGCGCGGCGCGUUGGGCGGGCGGCCGUUUUCCCGCCCGUCCCACGAAGGGGUCGGGGAGGCCCCGAAUUCCGGUUGCUUCCGCAUGGGAGCGAGGGCAGUGCGACUCGGACGCCUGGGUCCUUCGGAGGGUGGCGGCCCCUUCCCUCCCGCCGCGCUUCCUUGCUGUUCCUCCCCCCACCUCCGUUUAUAUCGGUUUGCAUGUGACAUCCUUCGCGUGCAAAGAGCGCGGGGCAAAUGUGAGUCAGUCCCACACCGCUUUAUCCUUACAACAGCCCUGCGAGGUGGGCCAGGCUGAGGGAGCGCGACUGGGCCGAGGUCGCCCGGUGGGGUCCAUGGUUCGGUUUCUUCAUGGGAAAGCUCAAGCUGCGAAAAGCCCCUAAUCCCGAUGGCUAACUGCGCACUUGUUGCUGUAGCCACUUCUAUGGAAUUUUGGAUCGCCGCCUUCCUGUCUGUGCAGCACUGACCCAGCAGCCAUUCCGUUGACUUCCGGCUCCUUCUGUUGUUCUGGUUUCUGAGGUGCCUCACAAAAUGGCAGACUGUGCGACGCUUCAGUUUGUGAGCCCUUAUGCUUUUGAAGCCAUGCAGAAGGUGGAUGUCGUCCGUUUAGCAGCGCUAAGUGACCCGGAGCUCCGGCUGUUGCUACCUUGCUUGGUCCGGAUGGCCUUGUGUGCACCCGCUGACCAGAGCCAAAGCUGGGCUCAGGACAAAAAGCUGAUCCUCCGCCUGCUUUCGGGAGUAGAGGCUGUCAACUCCAUUGUGGCCUUGCUUUCUGUGGACUUCCACGCAUUGGAGCAGGAUGCCAACAAAGAGCAACAGCUUAGGCACAAAAUUGGCGGUGGUACCAGUGAGAGUAUCUUGGUGUCCCAGCUGCAGCACGGCCUGACACUGGAGUUUGAACACAGCGAUUCCCCUCGCCGGCUGCGUUUGGUGCUUAGUGAAUUGCUGGCAAUCAUGAACAAGGUGUCAGACUCCAAUGGCGAAUUUUUUUUCAAGUCUCCGGAGUUGUUUGAGAGCCCUGUCUACUUGGAAGAAGCUGCUGAUGUCCUCUGCAUCUUGCAGGCAGAGCUUCCUUCGCUGUUACCGAUUGUGGACGUUGCGGAAGCACUGCUGCACGUGAAGAACGGGGCUUGGUUCCUCUGCCUCCUGGUGGCUAAUGUGCCAGACAGCUUUAACGAAGUGUGCAGGGGCUUGAUCAAGAACGGCGAGCGGCAAGACGAGGAAAGCUUUGGAGGCCGCCGCAGGACAGAGGCCCUUCGCCAGCUUUGCAAGAUGAACCCUUCGCAGGCGCUGCGAGUCCGGGGCAUGGUGGUGGAAGAGUGCCAUCUGCCUGGGCUUGGGGUGGCUCUGACCUUGGAUCACACCAAGAGCGAGGCUUUGGAGGAUGGCGUCAGCGACCUGGUGUGCUUCGUGAGUGGCUUGUUGCUCGGGACCAAUGCCAAGGUCCGGACUUGGUUUGGGACCUUUAUCCGGAACGGGCAGCAGAGGAAGAGGGAGAACCUGGGCUCCGUGCUUUGGCAGAUGAGGCGGCAGCUGCUUCUGGAGCUGAUGGGAAUCCUUCCCACCGUCCGCAGCAUGCACAUCCGGGAGGAAGCGGAGGCGGACAUGGAGCCCAACGUCUCGGUGUACUCGGGGCUGAAGGAGGAACACGUGGUCGAAGCCAGCGCCCUCCUCCGCCUCUAUUGCGCCUUGAUGGGGAUCGCAGGCCUGAAGCCGACCGACGAGGAAGCCGAGCAGCUCCUGCAGCUCAUGACCAGCCGGCCCCCUGCCACGCCAGCCGGCGUCCGCUUCGUUUCGCUUUCCUUCUGCAUGCUGCUGGCCUUCUCCACGCUUGUCAGCACACCAGAGCAGGAGCAGCUGAUGGUGAUGUGGCUGAGCUGGAUGAUCAAAGAAGAGGCUUAUUUCGAAAGCACGUCUGGAGUGUCCGCUUCCUUUGGAGAGAUGCUGUUACUCGUUGCUAUGUAUUUCCAUAGCAACCAGCUCAGUGCAAUCAUUGACCUGGUCUGCUCGACUCUGGGCAUGAAGAUUGUCAUUAAGCCUAGUUCUUUGAGUCGCAUGAAGACCAUCUUCACGCAGGAGAUUUUCACGGAACAGGUGGUCACGGCUCACGCCGUCCGCGUGGCCGUGACAGGCAACCUGAGUGCCAACAUCACGGGGUUCCUGCCCAUCCACUGCAUCUACCAACUUCUUCGGAGCCGAUCCUUCACCAAGCACAAGGUUUCCAUCAAGGACUGGAUUUACAGGCAGCUGUGCCAGACCUCCACCCCUCUCCACCCGCAGCUGCUCCCGCUCAUCGAUGUCUACAUCAACUCCAUCCUGACGCCCGCCUCGAAAUCCAACCCCGAAGCCACGAAUCAACCCAUCACCGAGCAGGAAAUCCUGACCGUGUUUGAAGGACUAACUGGGGGAGGAGAGAGUGCCCGUCCGAAGCUGCGCUACGGAAUCACGGCCCAACUUCUGGUCCUGUAUUAUGUUCUGUCCUACGAAGAGGCCAUUUUGGCCAGCUCGAAAACUCUCGCUGCCAUGCAGAGAAAGCCCAAGUCUUACUCCUCUGCACUGAUGGACCAGAUCCCAAUCAAGCACCUCAUCCGACAGGCACAAGGACUGCAGCAGGAACUGGGUGGCUUGCAUUCCUCACUUCUGCGCCUCCUGGCCACGAACUACCCUCACCUUUGCAUCGUGGACGACUGGAUCUGCGAGGAGCACAUCACGGGCACGGACGCCUUGCUGCGCCGGAUGCUGCUCACCAGCGCGGCCAAGAAGCACUCUCCCGAGCAGCUCCGAGAGGCAUUUUCCGCACUGCAGGGAAGCCACACUAAGGUGCUGCAGGUCCUGGAGCAUUUGACGUGCCUCUCGGCUGGAGAGCUGAUCCCUUUUGCAGAGGCUCUGGCGUCCAACAUGAACCAGCUGCUCUACCCUGGGGUCCCUCGUCGGGUCCUUCAGAUGGUCAAUCGGCUUUGGAUGACCCUGAACACAGUCAUGCCUCGAAGGUUGUGGGUGAUGACAGCGAACGCCUUGCAGCCGUCGGUCAAGAUGACGAGGCAGCAAAAGUACACCCAGAAGGACUUGAUGAUCGACCCUCUCACAGUGUUGAGAUGCGACCCGAGAGUCCAUAGGUGUCCCCCUCUGAUGGACAUCACCCUGCACAUGCUGAACGGGUACCUCCUUGCAUCCAAAGCCUACCUGAGCGCCCACCUCAAGGAGACCGCCGACCAAGACAUCCGCCCCUCCCAGAACAGCGUGAUGGGCCUGGAGGCCGUGGACGUGACGCGGGAGGAGCUGAAGAACGCGCUGCUGGCUGCCCAGGAUAGCGCUGCCAUCCAGAUCCUGCUUGAAAUCUGUUUGCCGGUGGAAGAGGAGAAGUGCCAGGGCGGCCCCUCUGACAGGCCGCUGAGGAGCGCACAGGGUUCUAGUCCCUGGCGAAGAGACCUGACCCAGGAGGAGGACGAGGAGGAGCGGGGGAGCGGCGAGGAGGAGGAGGACAGCCUGCUGUGCAACCUGCGCGAGGUGCAGUGCCUCAUCUGCUGCCUGCUGCACCAGAUGUUCAUCGCCGACCCCAACAUCGCCAAGCUGGUCCACUUCCAGGGCUAUCCGUGUGAGCUGCUCCCUCUGACGGUGGCCGGCAUCCCCUCUAUGCACAUCUGCCUGGACUUCAUUCCUGAGCUGAUUGCCCAGCCCGAAUUGGAGAAGCAGAUUUUUGCUAUCCAGCUGCUUUCCCAUCUGUGCAUUCAGUAUGCGCUUCCAAAGUCACUCAGUGUGGCCCGUUUGGCUAUCAACGUCAUGGGGACGCUGCUGACUGUGCUGACCGAGGCCAAGCGCUACGCCUUCUUCAUGCCCACCCUGCCCUGCCUGGUAUCCUUCUGCCAAGCCUUCCCUCCGCUGUACGAGGACAUCAUCUCCCUGCUCAUCCAGAUCGGGCAAGUCUGUGCCUCCGACGUCGCCACAGAGACCCGGGAUUUCGACCCUGUCAUUACACGUCUCCAGCAACUGAAAGAGAAGCCGUAUGAAUGGGCAAGACUUCCAAAACUGCCAGCUUUUAAGAACAGUGCAGGAGAUGUCGGCAGCACGGACCCCAACGUCCAUCUGUGCCGCUGUAUUGAAAACACAUUCAUCGAAAUAAUCAACAUGAGCGUGAGUGGAGUUUAAGCCUGCCUGAAGCAGAAGAACUCUCGCCAAGUUUGAGUUCUGGUUGGCGAAUGCCAAGGAGAAGAUGGACUGGUUAUCAUCCAGCAAAGAAUUGGCUUGGAACAAACAGUGUAUUUUUCAUCUCUGUGGAUUUCAGGCAACCUUUGUGGGUGAAAGAAACUAUGCCACUUUCAGCGAAAGCAUCCAAGUAUUUUUAGAAGGCUGCAGAGGCCAUGAUGUCGCUUCUUCUCUGAGGAACUCCUCUAUCUGGUGGCUUUUGAAGUGAGGGAUUCACAAACAAUGACCAAAUAUGUGUUUCGUACAACCUUUGGAGAAGCGACUGGCUGGUAUUUUUUCCUUACAGUGUCUUGGACACCCCUGCUGCGUCUUGGUGGAAGGUGGACCACCAGCAGAAAUCUGUGUGAAAUACUGUGUUCAGUUGGAACGCUCUGGAAAUGGCCUUUGGCCCAUGAAACAAACUUGGGAGGAGGCUGGAAAAAAGACCAAGUAGAUGUUGGAAAGUAUCAGAACGGAAGGAGGUUGGAGGAGAAGCUAGGGCAAUGCAGCUGGCUCCAAGGAUGGUUGGCUGUUGCCGAGAAAGUUCCCUUGUGAUGCUCCGCUAAGGAGGUUCAGCAGCUAGUUAGGAUCCAGGCCCUGUACUCCACAUAUGGGGCUGCCUGUUUCUCUUCCACAAGGGACCCCUGUCAAAUUUCCCCUGAAGCUGCAGUACUAAACUAAUGGAGAACUUCUUUUUCCUACAAAUUGAGUGCUAUUGUUACUGAAACGCUGCUGCUUUUCAAAUCCAUUUUUUAAAAGAUAGAUUGACAUCAGCUUGCAGAAAGCUGAGUUGACAAGUUGGUUUUUAACCUCUCCACCUAGCACCCGUUAUUCAGAAUAGGUGCAAGGAAAAGCAACUAGCGAACAUAAAGCAACCCAGGGCAUUCUGAAACUGACAUUCCUGCUGGAAAUUGGGACACACAUACUAGCCUGAAGUACCCAAGUGACUUUGGGAGUCAAUUAUUUUGUGAGCAAGACACACAAAUUUGCAAUUUUUAGUCCUAGCAAAAGUUUUAGAGGAAAGGUUAAUUGCUUCAUGAUCCAGUUGUGUUUUGCUUUGGCAAUUUUGCAUUUUUUUUUUAUUUUUAGGAAAAUGGCUCUCCCAGGUUAUUUUUAAACACUCUCUUCCCCUUCUGCUCAAAUCACAGUCUGUUAGUAUCUCUGCAGGUUUUCUGAGUUGGUGUGUGCAUAUAUGAUUUAUUGCACAAUAACAUGCAAACAGUCUUGUAGCAGCUCCUCCUCAGUAUAUUAUUAUUAAAGGGUUUAGGUUUAAUUUUAAAGGUGAGAAUCAGUACACGGAGGCCUGAGAGCUUAAACUACCCAAGGACUGAGCACUGCUCCUUGUUUUUCUUUGAAAAAUGGUUGUUUUGAUGCUAUACUCAGACUGCCAGGUUGAUCCUCACAAGUCUCUUCAGAGAUACCUUUUGUUCCGUGGUCUCUGCCAGCAUUGCUUUCUUACCACAAGUACCAUCAAAACCAAUAGAGUGUGCAUCUUUAUAUCUUCGUAUACUCUAGUGGCUUGGUUUCUCACAGACACCGAUGGAAGAUGCAUAUAUAUUUGCAUGUCUUCAGGUUUCUUAAGCUGUAAUAUUUUUAUAGACUGUUUUAUUUCAGUGGUUGGGUUCAGAUGACACAACAGAGGUUGAGAGUGCGUUAUCGCUGAACCAUGUGCUGGCUGAACCCCCUGCAAUAACCUCCCCCCCCCCACACAUGCAUUGUUAAUCACGAACAACCCACAGUUCACAACCCAACACUGUGGUAGUUCAUGGCUAACAAAGCACUAUCCGUUAGGGUGGAUUCAGACAACACAAUAACCCUUGUUUCUGGAAUGAUCCGUGGUUCAGCAACAGCCUACCUUCAACCCAUAGUCAGCCUUUGAGUGCGGGUUGCCGUAUUGUCUGAGCUGGGGCAAUGGGGCCCAGUGGAAAUGAUGUUUCUGAUAAAUGUUUCUACAAUUUGA